AUGACGACGCAAAACUCAUCGGCGGAAGAGACGCCGGCCAGCACCCCUCGCGCAACGAGUCUCAAAUCCCACGAGCUCCUCACAUGCACCAUAAAGACACCGGCAUUCUCGUACGCUCAUCUCGAGCUCAUCGCCGACUCCCCGCAAGCGCCCGAGGCAACAGCAGGCUUGGACGACCUUCAGGUGCGCUCCUACUGCGACGCCGCGCUGCGCCAGUUCCUCGGCGUCACGGGCUCCGCCAUCCCCAUCGACAUCCUCAAGGUCGACCGCACCCAGUGCUGGCUGCGCGUGCCCCGUCCGGACCUUAGCCCCUUCGCUGCCGCCAUCACGGCGUGGGCCGGCGUCUCCGAGCAGGGGACCCGGCGGGUGCUCCGCGUGAAGCAGUGCUCCGACUACCUAGGCGCCAUGGUCGGCGCCGACGGCCAAGACAAGCUCUGGUUUUCGUGA